GCGCAUUUCUCACCAAAUGAUGUUACGCACGAUAUCCGUACUUCGAAAGUCGAUCAAUUCCAUAACGCCGUUCCAGCAAAGGUCUUUUAGCAUUCAAAACGUCGCGGAAGUUCGCAUCCCUGUUCCAUGCGGAUCGAUCGCGGCCAAAUGGUGGGGACCAAAGGACGUUCGACCGAUCGUGUCCGUCCACGGCUGGCAGGACAACUCCGGAACCUUCGAUCGACUCAUCCCGUUGCUACCCGAUUACAUGAGCUUCCUCGCGAUCGAUCUCCCUGGGCAUGGACUGUCAUCACGGUAUCCGCCCGGAACCGCUUAUCACACGCUGGAUUAUGUGACCCUACUGGAAAGUGUUCGAAAACGGUACAACUGGGACCAGAUGUCGCUUCUGGGUCACUCCCGAGGAGCGGUCAUCAACUAUGCGUACUCGGCAAUUUUCCCAAACAACGUCAAUCUCAAUGUGGCCUUGGAUCCUAUCAAACCGUAUUUAGCCUACCCGGCAAAAGUGGCGCCGACAUUAGCCAGAAGAAUUCGGAAGUUGCUCGAGGCUGACGCAUACAAUACCCAGAGUACGGAACCUCCAAGCUAUACCUACGAGGAAUUGAUCGAGCAUCUUCACAUCGGAACGGGCAAAUCGGUCUCGAAAGAAGCCGCUCCAUAUCUGCUGAAACGAAACAUGGCGGAAUCUAAGUUACACCCGGGAAAGUUCUACUUUACCCGAGACAACCGCCUCAAGCACCCCUUCCAAGCUGGAUUGGGUUGGAGUCCGGAGGUGUGUCUGGAACUGGCCAAGCGACUGACGAUGCCCCAUUUUUGCUUCAAGAUAAACCGCUCGGAUGGCUGGUUGUACCACGGAGAAGAAUUUUAUCGAACAUAUUUCGAGCUCGUGGGAACAGGAAACCCAAACUUUGAGGGACGAUUUCUGGAUGGGACCCAUCACGUGCACCUUUGCGAGCCGGAAAAGGUGGCACCGAUGAUUGGACGGUUUCUGGAAAAGUACUGGAAGAAGUUGCCGACAAGUAUGAUCUGAGAGAGUUCUUAAAUUAUAUAUAAAACCCCUGGUGUCGAUUUCAGGAAAAUUUGGGGUAAACCUGGAAUUGUUAGGGUAUUUUAUUGAACUGGAGUUGUCAGGAAGUCAGGAUAAUUUAAUGGCAUUCAAAAAUAACCAUACAAAAUAUAACGUCUGCAUGAAAAUUCAUCAAUUGAUCAACAUUAUUUCGUUCACUAAAACCUCUAGACUGCACUGACUAAAUAAAAAAAAUACAAUUGUAUCAAUUUCACAGCAUGUAAAAAACAAAACUAUCAAAUGUAUUCGAUAUAAAAGAGCAAGUGUUGUGAACCAGUGCAAACUACAUUCGCAAGGUAGUCAACCCCCGGC